AUGGGUUCUUCCAACCAAGAAAGAGAAUCGUCACCGCCUUCCACUAACUUUCCCUCAGGAAAAUCCAUGGACCACCCACCACCUCCACCAACCACCACAUACCCCACCCAUCCACCACCGCCGAUGUAUUACCCGAAUCCUCAUGGAUACCCCCAACCAUAUCCUAAUGCUUACCCUCCCGGUUACCAUUACCCUGCACCCGCCCCUUACUAUGGUCCCCCUCCCCCUUACCAAAGAAGAUCUUCUUCAUGUUGUGCUCGGUGCUGUAGAAGCUUCAUCAUGUGUUGCUUGCUCAUCCUCACCAUCUUCUUUCUCAUGAGCCUCUUUCUAGCUUUGGCGCUACAUCCGCAACUACCUCAGUACAAGGUUCUCUCCUUGUCUGUUACAAACUUUACAACCCAACCAACCCUAGGUGGUCAAUUUGACACCAAAUUUUCCAUUGAAAACCCUAACGACAAACUUGUCGGUUAUUUCUCCGACUUUAAGGUUUUCAUGUCGUACAAGGAUGGCAUGGUGGCGGCUGGUGCUGCGCCCGGACUUGCGUUGAGUACGAAGUCUGAAACAGAGGUGAUGGUAAGGGGUUUGUUCAACCAAGGGAACAAAAAUUCAUUGGAACCGAAACUAAUGGAUGAUUUGGUGAAAGAACGAGGUACAAACUCUGUUACCUUCAGUAUGAGGAUGUCUUCCUUGAUCGUUCUUAAGUCUAAUACGUUUACCACGAAGAGUGAAGAGCUUCUUGCAAUUUGUGAUGGGUUGAGGGUGAAGUUUCAAGAUAAUAGUACCACUUCUGGAGAAUUGGACAACAACGGAAAACCAGUUCCAUGCAUGCUAUAUAUUUGA